UUUGGCAGUUCUCAAAUUUUCUUCAUUUUCUCAUCCUUUCUUAAAAAAUGUUUAAAAGUCUGCUUUUUCAUAUGUAAAAGUGUAAAACCUUAAUUAAUUUUCUUAGUACUAAAACUAAACCACCGAUUUCCAGUUGUGUGUAAUCCGCGUUUGGUUGAUUUGACCCCACCAUUUCUGACUUCCAAACAAUGGAAAUAAAUCAGUAGUGAUUUUCGGAGGAAAAACUAAACUUACUUACAAAUAGAAGAAAAAGAGAGAGAAAUUAUAAAGGAAGAAAAAAAUUGUGUUUUUGAGUGAAAAACUGUAAAAAAAAUGGCAAAUGAAGAAGGUGAAGAAGAGUUAAGUUUGGAGUUCACUCCAACAUGGGUUGUUGCAGUUGUUUGUUUUAUCAUCAUCGCCAUUUCUCUCGCUGUUGAACGUUGUAUUCAUUAUGGUGGCAAGUAUUUGAAGAAAAAGAAUCAGAAACCUCUUUUUGAGGCAUUGCAGAAAGUGAAAGAAGAGCUGAUGCUGUUGGGAUUUAUAUCCUUACUGCUAACAGUAUUUCAAGGGGCAAUCUCCAAAGUAUGUAUUUCUGAGAAAUAUGUCAGACAUAUGCUUCCCUGUAGUCUCGAAGAGAAGGAGGCGGCUGCUUUACCAACGACCAAGCACAUUGGUGGGUUCCGGCGGCUUCUGUCUGAAGCCGCCGUGUCUCAGUCUGCAUACUGUGCCAAUAAGCAUCAAGUUCCCUUCUUAUCCAUUGAAGGGCUGCAUCACCUCCAUAUCUUCAUCUUUGUUCUGGCGGUUGUUCAUUGCACUUUCUCUGUCUUCACCGUCCUUUUUGGGGGAGCAAGAAUUCGCCAAUGGAAGCACUGGGAAGACUCUAUUGCCAAGGAAAAUUACGAUACAGAUCAAGCUGUUAAACCUGCAGUUACCCACGUUCAUGACCAUGCCUUCAUUCGUGAUCAUUUUGUGGGUGUUGGUGAAAAUUCUGCAAUCUUGCGUUGGAUGCAUUCUUUUGUCAAGCAAUUUUAUGGAGCGGUGACAAAAGCAGACUACAUGACAUUGCGUAUGGGUUUCAUCAUGACACAUUGCAAAGGAAAUCGCAAGUUUAAUUUCCACAAAUACAUGAUUCGUGCUCUGGAAGAUGAUUUUAAACGAGUUGUUGGUAUAAGCUGGUAUCUUUGGGUAUUUGUGAUCAUCUUCUUGUUGCUGAAUGUUGAUGGUUGGCAUACAUACUUCUGGAUAGCAUUUAUUCCUUUUAUUCUUCUCCUUGCUGUGGGGACAAAACUGGAGCAUAUCAUCACAGAGCUUGCUCAUGAAGUUGCUGAAAAACAUGUUGCUAUAGAAGGAGACCUCGUGGUUAAGCCUUCUGAUGAACAUUUCUGGUUCAGUCGGCCUCAGAUCACUCUAUUCUUGAUCCACUUCAUCCUUUUUCAAAAUGCAUUUGAGAUUGCAUAUUUCUUUUGGAUAUGGGUGCAAUAUGGUUUCAGCUCCUGUAUAAUGGGACAAGUGCGGUAUAUUGUACCAAGGCUGAUCAUAGGUGUUAUCAUCCAAGUCCUAUGUAGUUAUAGCACUCUACCACUUUAUGCCAUUGUUACCCAGAUGGGAAGUAAUUUCAAGAAGGCAAUAUUUGAUGAGCAUGUACAAGCUGGCAUCCUAGGGUGGCGCGAUAAGGUAAAGAAGAAGAAAGCUUUGAAAGAUGCAGUUAACGGUUCUACAGCUAGUGGGACAUCGACUGAGGGUCCUACUACGAGAAUUCAGAUGGCUCGACUUAUCCAAAAGGAAAAUGGAAAUGCGGGAAGCGAGAUUCAACCAAGUAACACAUAAGGAGACAAUGGUUGGUAUCAGAGGAAGAAUGGGCUACAAAUUUUAAUGAUUGGUGCAGGUGUGUGACUUCACUAAUAUGUAGCCUUCUACACUGCCUUUUCGGAGAUUCGACUUGGUGAAUUUGUAUGAUCUUCGGAAGUGAGGUAGUGUUUUGAUAUGUGAUAAAGGCUGUAGGAGAAGUACAUGUAGAAAGCAAUGACACUAGUAUAUAAAAGCUUCUGCAAAAUUUUGAUGCCUUGAUGUUGGAUUGAGGGGAUGGGAGUUUAGGCUGUUGCAGCUGCUGUUUUUUGUCUAUGUUGAAGGAAUGUGCACUUGUAAAUAAAGGGCUAAUGUAUUCUCUUUAUUCAUGCAAUUGUUUAUGAUGAAUGACAAUACUGCAAAUUUUAUACUUAUGCUACUGUACUUACCAAAGUAAAUAAGUUCAGCCGAAUUAUAUGUUUGAUAAAGUCCCAGAUUUAUGGUUAUGGUAAAAAUCUGAAUGGACAUGGUGCAUAAUAAGUUAUUUUGCACAAGGUGUUGUAUGAUAUAGUCAGUUUUUAUAUAAUGUAGUAAGUUUUAUAUGAUAUACUCAUUUUUUGUAUAGUCAGUUUUUAUAUGAUAUAAUCAAUUUUCUCUAUUAUAGUCA